AUGAGCCAACGUCUAGUACAGGACCAAGAUCGAAAUCAAGAUCAGGACGACUCACUCAUCGAAGCUUUUAGAGGACCAGAUGGUGGACAAUCUACAGGAAUACUUGUUAAAGAUAAUGGAACUCAAUUGAAGAAUCUGAACCACAAAAAGAAAUCACUACCACCAUUCUCUCGUGUGGACUCUAAUAAUGCCACAGUUUUAGAUAAUUUCCCAUACAACUUGGUGAUGAAAGUAACCACAUCGGAGCCUAGGGAUGUUUUACAAUCAGAAAGGACUUGUCUAACAUUUAUACGGUUCUCAACUGCAUUGUUUUUCACAGCAUUGGGGAUAAUUUUGGGGUUUAAAUUGGACACGUCGGGAAAGACACCGAAUAGCACACCGGAUAAUGGCAACCCCAUCUUCAGUCACUCUAAAUUCUCCAAGGCUGCCUCAUUUAUUCUAUUGGUAUUGGCAUUGUUUGUGUUGAUUUUAAGUGCCGUCAAUUACUUUAUAACAAUUCAUCGGUAUGCAAAGAGGAAAAUUGAAACGUAUAAUUUCAACAAUCUAACAACUGUCAUUUGUAUGACGGUGAUUGUACUUACUUUAGGUGUGAUAAAUAUCGUGAUGAUUAUUGAAGGAUACAUAGAAGAUAGGUGA